AAGAGGCGCCGGGGAGGGUCGCAGGAUGGAAGUGCUGUCAGUGGAUUUGCCGAUGUCCUCCGGAUGUUCUCGCACCCAGCAAGAAAUCGCUGUAAAGAUUGAAAGGACGCAUAAUCUCGCCCUCAGCAUGCAAUUCAGCUCAGGACAACUGCUGUCAAGCUAUGUGCAUCACCAGGGGAUGCCAUUUGGUGAUCCUGAUUUCAACCCACCCAUUCAACCCUUUCCAGGAGUCCCGUUGCCAACCCUGUCUACCACAGACUGGCUGGGUCUCACUGACCAGGAGCGGCUGCAGCAGAAUGCCUCGGCCUUCUCCAAUUUGCCGGUGUACUUAAACAGUGUGAAAUGCCAGCAAAUGGAUCUGAAUCCAUUGGAAACCGAAUUACACCGUCAGUUCGAAUCUUCAAGCCUGCGCUGCCUGGGUCUGGAGAAUAACCUCAAAUCCAUCAUGUCUUCCCUGGACAUCGCGCCGGGUCCAGCCGUAUCCGCUCAGCCUCUGGAAUCUGACAACAGCUUCCUUAUGAAACUCACAGGCUAUUACAUUUGCCAUCUCUUCCGAGACUGGGUCAACAGAUGUGAAAAGGACAUUGCCUUAUUAACUAAGAAAUAUCCUGUCUAAAAAUGCUUCUCCUUCCACAUUGAGCAAUGGCAGAGCUGGAAAUGUGGAGGGCACAAUGUGCCCCUCUCCCUGUUUAACUAAACCAUGGGUUGGAUCAAUUUAUCCUUUUUCUUGAGUUCACACAAAAAUUAGCUAUGAAUAUGCAGCACCUUUAACCACCGAGUCAGUUGCAAAUCUAAUGGUUCUGGUAGUAUCCUGAAACUUGCUUAGUUUUAAGCUAGUUUGUUUGCAUCUUAUCCUGUUGUGCAAAUUCGGCUUCCUUCUGUUAGCUUAUGGUUUGAUUACCUGUUCUGUCCAAGAAAAUGGGUUUACUUAGUAACCAGGUUAAGGGCGUUGCAGCUAUUGAACCAUACUCAGAGUGCAGGGCUGCAGUUCGCCCAAUUGUUAACGUGUCUUACAACAAACAAGGCUGAAAGUUAACAACUGUCUUCAGAUCAGGAAACAAGGACUUUCAAUUAAGAAUCUAUCUAUAUGCUAUUAGAACAAUUACUGACAAUCCUUGACUUACAAUCAUUUGUUUAGUGACUGUUCAGAGUUAAAACAGUCCUGAAAAAAGUGACUUAUGGCUAGUCCUCACACCUAUAACUGUUGCAGCAUUGCCACAGUCAUGUGAUCAAAAUUCAGACAUUUGGCAGUUGGCAUGCAUUUAAUAACUGCCCUGCUUAGCCACAGAUAUUCUGGUCCCAAUAAUAGUCAUACGUUGAGGACUAUAUACAACUUAAAGCUGUAUAAAAGCUCUGAAAUCACAAAUAAACUUUGCAUGGUGGACAACUUAGCUUAUUAAUAUGUUCCAGGUGGGGAGAGGGUAUCUCUUUUCUACUUAGUGAGAACCCAGAAGAGAUGGCAUGGUGUUUUCAAAGCAAAAGGUUUUCCAUUGCAUCCUUCAUGGCUGCAAAACUGGCCAGUUUCUUUCAGUGAGCUUCUCCCAAUCUGGUUUUCUCUGGAACUACAGCUCCCAUAAUCCCAUAGGCAACAUGGGGGAUGAGAUUGUAGGCUGGACAGCCAAUUCUGCUCUAAUCACAUCUUUCUCCUUGGCAAGGCCAACAAAACAGAGAUGCGAUAGUCCACAUUUGGAGGGCGGAUUUGCAAACAUGCAGCCCAAUAAGUCACUUUGAUGCACCAUCCCUUCUGAAUGUGGAAAUGAGAAUUAUGGCUAUGUGCUUGAUUGUAGGCUCUAGUGCAGGGCUUUUCAACCUUUUCACCCAUUGUACCACUUUUAGGAUAUGGCAAUAUCCGAGUACCACCAGUCGCUUAGCAAGGUGUCAAAAACUUGAUGACCCCAAAAAAAAAAAAGGAAAAAAGUGAUAAAGUAACAGGUAGUCCUCGACUUACAACAGUUCGCUUAGGGACUGUUCGAAGUUACAAUGGCACUGAAAAAAGUGCCCCCCAAGCCACAGACGAGAAGACACCUGCCCGCCCACCUGGCAGCGUUCUUCCUCCUGUCCAAGUUGUUGUGAGCAUUUCUGUUGAGGAUUGGCAGCGGAGGUGGAAUGGGGGAGUGUUUGGUUUUUAUUCCCUCCGUCUGCUGGGUGGUUGCAGCAGGUUUUGGUCC